AUGAGCCAGCGCGAAAUUCAGAUAAAGUCUCCCGAGGAGGUCAAGCUCUACGCAGCAACAGUCAAGGUGUACACGCGCACAGGCGACAAGGGCACUUCUGCGCUUUUCACAGGCGAGCGUCGCGGUAAGGAUGAUGCCGUUUUCGAGGCUCUCGGGACCACUGAUGAGCUCUCCUCAACCAUCGGCCUGGCCAUUGCGCAUAUGGAGGGAACCAACGCCUCGACACUCAUUCCACAGCUUGAGGUCAUCCAGUGCCUGCUUCAGGACGUCGGGUCGAAUGUGGCGACGCCGCUGAAUGGCACCAGAAAGUCAGAGACUAAGAUUAACCGCACGAGGUUUGAUCCCGACGGAUACCAUUGUACGAGAAUGGAGGGGUGGAUUGAUGAGUUGUCCGUGGGACUGCCCAUGCAUCGUUCGUUUAUCUUGCCGUCGGGCGGACCGGCCGCCUCUACCCUGCAUAUUGCCCGUACAGUGUGCCGCCGCGCCGAGCGCACCCUGGUGCCGCUACAGGAGGACAUUGACAAGGAGACUAUGAUGUUUGUUAACCGGCUGAGCGACUACCUCUUCACUGCUGCACGCUGGGUCGCUAUGCAACAGGGAAUUACAGAGAAAAUCUAUGUGCACCACAAGGGCCGCGUCACCGAGUUUGACAAGUGA